CCAGGUGUACCAUCGGCCGUGCUCCAUUGUCCAAUUCCUCCCUCUUUUACUAUUCUAUCGAGCGUAUUGUGCGCGGGCGGGCGACGAGGGUGAACUCGACUACUAUUUAAGUCAGCUGUUUUUCAUUCGGAAUUGACGAAUAGUAGAGCGUACAUGUACAGUGUCAUCCAUGCUGAAUGUGCUGCAAUCGGGUCGCCAUCAGUUUCGGAUACGAAAGGAAAUGCGACGGUUGUGGCUAGCGUGGGCGGUGAUCUUCUCCUGUGGUCUGUCAGCUGCCGACAAUUUAGACCAAAACGAGCCGCUCCAUUACAUCGCUCUACAGGGUGAUUUGAACGUGGCAGUUGAAUCUUCACAACACUUGACAGGAGCGCGGAUCUUGAGAAAGGCCAAUGGUUUGACCGUUGCCGAGUGGCGGAAGAAAAAGAGCACCGGAAGAGACGAAGGAAACAUAACGUUCCCCUGUGGAGCCAUAAGUCGCGCUGGGUCUUACAUCGUGCAAUUGCAACACAAUGACGAUCGAUGGAUCGAUCGUCAAGAAUUAAGAGUUUCUUGGCCGCCAAUGCUUGUCCAAGCUCCUUCUGAACUUGUAAAUUACCGUACGCUGUUCCAAGUUAAAAUCCAGUGGAUUCAUCUGAAGUGCUACCCUUCGUUGGACGCUAACAUCACUAUCAGCGCCCAAGUGGUCCAUUGUGGGCGACGCGGUAGUCACAGCUCUUUCAGCACUAAUUGCACAGCGCCUUCCGUACGAGCGUCUCAAACAGUGCCCAACAUUUGGCAAACGGGUGGAACAGGCGUUGACAUUCGAUUCGAUUGCCAAGAUCUCGAUCAUCUGGGCUACUACCGUAUCUUCGUUCGGGCAGAUCAAGAGGGUCUGGAAGAAGAAGACGACGAUAUCAUCGGCUCCAGUGAAUCUAUGCAGGUUCUUUUAAAUGACGACUUCCAGAUGUACGUGCGAGCCAAAUUCGCCACGCCAUGUCGACGUGAAUUGCCCGUUUUCUAUCGCCGCCCAGCUUGCGUGACUGGAUCUCAAGACCGCGUGCGUCUAUACGGGAAAACAUACUUGUCAAACAUUUCGUCGGCUGAUUUCACUUUAAAGUACAUUGGCGAGAAGGUCUUGGAUCCCAAUCGGUCCGUAGCGGCAUUGCCGUGCCAAUUACUGGACGAUUCGCCCGAAUUUGAUUCUCUUUGCUUCCACUUUGUUACUUUGGCCCCAACGGAUGGGGCCGUCGUCGACAUCACCCAGACUUGCAUCCCUUACCAAAACACGUCAGUUUUCCAGGAGCCAGAAUGGGGAACGUGGAGCGCCUUUUCGGCCUGUACGUCACGCAGCUGCGGAUACAAAGGAGUGCGUUUUCGUUAUCGAUACUGCGAUCGGCCGCCUCCACAAUACCCCGGUUCCUUUUGCACGGGUCAGCCGAUUGAAUCAGAGAGUUGCAUGGCACCACCAUGUCCAAAGAAAGAAAAAACUGAUAAAGCAAUAGAGUUGGAAGCCAACGAUGAUGUAACCAACGGAAACUUGACGUCGGAAUGCAUGUGCGGAUGCAACAGGGAACUGGAAGAUGGUACUUGGUCUUUAGUGGUUUCAUCCGUACUCUGUCCCAGCGGUUACAUCACUUGGAUGUUCACUGCGCCAAGCUACAGUCAUUUUCACUUGAAUUUGGAUUACCUUCGAAUGGAUUGCCACGCGGGUGAUCAAUUGGCGAUACGGGAUGGAGUUUCCGUCUUUUCGCCGUUAAUAGCGUUAUUUAAUAAUGAAACUUUAAACCUCCCGAUGGUUGGCAUCCUGACGACGAGUUCCCCGCAACUGUCGAUUGAAUUCAACGUCACUAGAAAACAUUUCGUGUCCCUCUCUAAGUGCGUAGCUGCAUUCGUCAUCAGCAUCACUACCGUGCCGGUGGAGGCGGCCGUUAGAGCAGAAAGUCGCACGAAGCUUGCACGUCACAUGCUUCCACCGCCUAUCUUGACUCUUUCCACUCUAUUGUUGAUGCUCUUUUUUGCCGUUUCAUUCCUCGUGGUAAUCUACAGCAAAUGCGGGUUCCACUUCAAACAUCGCCAGAAGAAUAAGAAAAUCAUCAGAGGCCAACGAUCACAGGACAGCACGAGUCUGUGGUCAGGGACGAGUGAAUAUCAGCUGGUGUCUACUGCCACAUCGCUGUCGUCAAUCGAAACUCAAAAUAUGGACAUGGAAUUGGAAGAAAAAAAAGGAUGGCUAGUCGCAAAACGUUUUGCUAAUCUGAUACGAUUGCAAAAAUCUCUGCCGAAUUCACCUUUUCUGUCGACAGAGAAAUCUCGAAGGAUGAACCGACUCAGCCGAUCUUCAACUAUGUCGCCAAUAGGUUUCAGACGCCAGCAGCAGAUAGACAGGAUCGAGAGGUUUGGCAAACGAUGCCAUUCUCCUGAAGACAUUGAAAUGUCUCUAAUCACUAGAAAAGAAUCAGAUAUCACACUCAAAGACGAGAAAGUUCUUAACACAGUCAGCAGCCGAGUGGUGACGGGAUCCAAUUCUAUGCUUGACGCUGACACAAGUAGCAUCACAAGAUCCACACUCACCCAAUCUUGUUCGGCCAUUUUCGAUCCUGAACAAGACCUGGAAUUUGAUUAUUAUGAUUUAGAUGUCAGGAAUGCAGGCUGUGAUGCACCAGAUUCUUUUCUAAGAUGUUUAGCUGAUGAUUCAACUUAUUGGGAUGAGGCGGAACUCGAAAAAUCUAUCCAAGACACCGAAUACUGUGAAUCGAAUGACGAAUCAACUGAAUUAGGAACUUCUUUGGACGAAGAUGAUUUAUCAUGUGCUUAACGUUGAUAUUUAUGCUUACAUCACUGAUCCAACGAAUUACUGUCCUUUGUCAUGUAAAGAUGAAAAUAGAAAGGAAUAACUAGUAGUGAUGCAGUUCACAUAGCCCCUUAGCUA